AUGUUUGAUAAUGAUGAUGAUAAUGGAUUAUGUAGAAGUGGAAAGAGAGAUGAUUUACUUUACAUUCAGGAAAAACUGGAGAUAGUUCUUGUUAGCUGUGCAUUAUCUUCUGCUCAAUUGUUUUUGCAAAUGUUUAUUUCUUCAUUUACAAUUGAUAGAUUUGACAUCGAUGGACAAGUGACUGGGUUUGGUCAUCCAGACUGGGCGAGGACGCAUGAAGCAGCUUCUGGAACAUGCCCUGUGGUUUCUACUCUUGUUGAAGGAGGAGCCACUUGCAUUGGUAAAACUGUGGUAGAUGAAUUAGCCUAUGGUAUAAGUGGGGAGAAUAAGCAUUAUGGUGUCCCCACAAAUCCCGCUGUGCCUGAAAGAGUACCAGGUGGAUCUUCUAGUGGAGCUUCUGUUGCUGUAGCUGCUAAACUUGUUGAUUUUUCUUUGGGUAUUGAUACUAUUGGGGAUGUCAGAGUACCUGCUGGAUUUUGUGGUGUUUUAGGAUUCCGACCCUCCCAUGGAGCUGUUUCUCAGAUGCGAAUUGUACCUGUCUCAUCGAGACUUGAUACUGUUGGAUGGUUUGCCAUGGAUCAUACUAUUCUUCGACGUGUUGGGCAUGUGUUGUUGCAACUUCCUUAUGCGCCUCCACGCAAUCCUAGACAAGUAAUUAUAGCUGAUGAUUGCUUUCAACUAGGAAAGAUUCCCGCUGAAAGGAUUGUUCAAGUUGUUAUUAAAUCCACGGAGAAGAUUUUUGGAAGACAAAUAUUAAAGCAUGAAAAUCUUGGAGACUAUUUAAGUUCGAAAGUACCAAGCUUGAAAGUUUUCCAAAGCAAGCAAAUAAAUGGGCAAUCAAAAACUUCAUCACUUGGGUCCCUUGCAACUGUCAUGCAGAUUUUUCAAAGACACGAGUUUAGAAAUAAUCACGAGGAGUGGAUCAACUUGGCGAAGCCUGUUUUGGAUCCUGCUAUCUCAUCGAUUUUUCAGGAAACGCCUGAUACAACUGGUAUUGAUGUUGAAAAUUGUAAAGCAAUUAGGAGCGAGAUGCGUUUAGCUCUCAACGCUUUAUUGAAGGACGAAGGAAUUCUUGUGAUACCAACUAUUGCUGAUCCUCCUCCAAAAGUAGGCGGGAAGGAGAUCCUAUCUGAGCAGUUCCAGAGCCGUGCAUUUAGUCUACUAAGCAUUGCUAGCAUAUCAGGCUGUAGAUGACCUCUUUGUUGAAAUUUCUAUCUUUCUUUGACUAUGAUACCCAAUCAGUUGUUGUGUUUAUUUCAUUUUGGUAGGGGUAACCUUAAAAUGAUAACUUUAUGACUUAUUUUAGUAUUGAACAUUAUAAAGAAUUUUA